AUGACGGUUCGUAGCACUCUGUUCUGGAGCCUGGUGGUGGCCUUCUUUGCCUUCUUCGCCUCGGUCGAGGUCGAGGCUACGCUGGCAAACCCUGUCAUGUGGAUUCUCUCACAGAAGAGCCUCAAGCAAGCUCGAGUUGACCCCAUUGUCUCGCCUGGCAGGGCUUCGAGUCACACCCACCAGUUUGUGGGCGCCAACGGCAUCAGCCAGGACACCACCACAGCGCAAGCUCUGGAAAGCGCAUCAAGCUGCACGACCUCGAACCUGCGCGCAGACAUGUCGGCCUACUGGACGCCUUCGCUCUACACGUACAACAACGCCACCAACACUUUCACGCCCAACCAGCUGAGCUUUGUCAACACGUAUUACCUCAUGAGGGGCAAUGUGCAGAUCACGGCGUUCCCCAAGGGUCUGCAAAUGCUGGGCGGUAACGCGAUGCGAAGAGGACCGGGACCCACGAAGCAAGCGGACAACACGGCAUCGUUCGUCUGCCUCAACUACAAGGAUGGAAGCAGUCAGACGCAGACGAUCCCCGACCGACCGUGCCCGCAGGGCUUGAGGGCACAGAUCCUGUUCCCUUCGUGCUGGAACGGUAAGGAUCUCACCUCGUCGCCGACGGACCAAACGCACAUUGUCUACCCGAUGGGUGACAACGCUGACAACGGACAGUGCCCCUCGACGCACCCUGUGCGACUGCCGACACUGUUCUACGAAUUCAUCUACGAUGUGUCCAACACCGACAACUCGGGCAACUCCAAGUGGGUGCUGGCUAACGGCGAUGCGAUGGGCUACUCGAUGCACGGUGACUUCCUCGCGGCUUGGAACGAAACGAUCUUGCAGAAUGCCAUCGACCAGUGCAGCGGCAACUUGUUCGGAGACCUCGCUUCGUGCCCUCCGUUGAACUCGACGCUGGAUAGGGCGGGAUCGAGCAAGUGCAACGCUGCCUCGAGCGAGGCCGUGUACCCGCAGAGCAUUUCGUCGCUGCCUGGCUGCAACAUGAUCUGGAACGGACCCAACGCCGGCAAGGGACUGACAGCGGGAUGCGAUCCAAGCAAGGUGAUGCUGAAGCCUGACAACUGGACUGGCUCUUCGAACUCGAGCUCGUCCUCGGUAGCCGCACCUGCUAACCCUACGUCCACGUCCUCAAGCGUGGCCACACCGUCUUCGUCCACGUCCUCGAGGGCGACCACAACGUCUGCGAGGUCGUCGUCGACGUCUACUUCGACAAGGACUACUUCGACGGCGGCACAGCCGGCAGCGACGUGCGUGUGCCCGAGCAGCGGAACGGCGUCGACGCAGCAGAAGGCGACGACAAACAGCCAGUCAAAGCACACGGCACCCAAGCGCAGCAACAAGAAGCCUGCCAAGAAGCAAAACAAGCCGCGUUCGCUUCACAGGGAGGUUGACGCGGUCAGGAGGGAUGCGAGAAUCGUGCUGCAGAGCAUCGUCGAGAGGUUCACUGUGGCCCUCAAUGGAACGGGCAGCGCAACGGAGCGUCUCGCCGAUGCUCAGCACCAGUUGACCAUCCUGGACGCAGCCCUGGCCGACUACGGCAUUGUAGCGACGACCACUACCGCUUAG